AUGGAUACAGCAGAAAACCAGACCACGCGGAUCGCCAAGAUCAGUCGCUUGCCGGGGCCGAUAACGAACGCUGGGAGUUUGACCGAAUGGAGCGAGUCUCAACAGAAUGCCCGCACUCAGUCUUCGAUCCCCGCGCCCACCGGGAUGAAGAACCUAAAGCGCGAGCUGCCUCAGUCCGCAACUCAACCCGAGCCGAAGCGACGACCUCUCUCCGAACGUGCGCUUGAAUAUCCAUCGAAGCCUUCUGCGAUUGCCACACCAAAGAUACCACGAUCCACAGUCAAAGGCCAGACGUUAGCCAGCAUCUCACAACUCAAGCGACCGCGCCCAGCUUCAGCCCUCGCAAACCCGACACCAAUCAGCAACUUUGCUAAGAGCAUCGGCCCAGAACGAAACAGCGCUCUAGAUAAACCAUCCAUCCCUAGACCGAACACACGUGCGAGUCAUGCGAGGUCGGUAAGCCAACUUAGCCGGCCUCGUUCGGCAUAUGGUCAUCGAGAGGAGGAAGAACAAGACCAAGAUGCGAAGCCUAGUAAUGCCUUUGAUGUGGACGGUCGAGUCGGCGAUAUCGAGUCGCAGUUUAAAGAGCUAAAAGCAAUGGUGGACACCACACUGCUCGAUAGAAAGGGCAUGGAUGAUGCUCUAGACUUGGCCAAGAAGCGAGUUUCGGAGCUUGAAGGAGAAAAAUCUAGAUUGGAAGGCAAGGCCGAAUCUCUGAGGACAGAUCUUGACGUUUCGAAUGAAGUCAAGCGAAAGCUUGAGCACGAGCUUGAGAAAUUGGAAUGGGAUCACUCCCGGCAAAUCGAUGACCUUACCAGAAAACACAAGACCGAACUCGAAGAUCUCUUACGCCAGCACUGUACCGCAAUGGAUGACUUGACUCGGGAGCUAGAACGCUUAAAAACGCAAGAGGCAAACGAACAUCAGCAGAAGAUUGAAAUAUUAACAAAGCAGCACCAAGAAGCGCUACAAGACGAGCAGCGAAAAAGAGAGCAAGAACUCCAGAGUUUACGAAGCAAAGUGGGCAACGACCAACAGGAGAUGGAGAUUGUCCUGCAAAAGAAAGAUCGAGAGAUGCGAGAAAUCCGAACAGAGACAGAAGGCACACGGUCGGAUCUCCAGCGCGAGAAGGCGCUUACCAGCAGCCUCCAAACGAGCAUAUCCGAGCUUUCGGCUUCAAACACAACACUAGAAGCGAAGAUCAACUCCCUGCGAUCCCAGGUCGAGUUCCUCGAAUCCGACACCAAGGCGCAAUCCGAUGCUUUCUCUGCCAUGGAGUCUAGGCUUCAAGACGCAUUACGAAUCGCUGAGGAGGCACGACAAAAGUUGAUGAAGGAAGAAACUGAACGACGCAUUCUUUUCAACAAAUACCAGGAGCUCAAGGGCAAUAUCCGCGUCAUGUGCCGAGUUCGACCGCCUCUUGGAGAUGGCGAAGGUGAGGUCGCCCAGCUGUCGUAUCCUGAUGACAAGACUUCUGCCGAGAUUAUGGUGGCCGGACCAGAAGAAAAGUCCAGCUUCGGAGUCGUUUCGAGGAAGAAUUACCCAUUCGAAUUCGAUCGAGUAUUUGCGCCUGGCGUACGAAACGAUGAGAUAUUCGACGAAAUCUCCCAGCUGGUGCAGAGCGCCUUGGAUGGUUAUAACGUGUGCAUUUUCUGUUACGGCCAAACAGGAUCAGGCAAGACGUACACAAUGUCGUCUCCUGAUGGCAUGAUUCCUCGAGCCACGCACAUGAUCUACGAUACUGUAACGCAAUUGAAGGAGAAGUCGUGGGAGUACACCAUGGAAGGCUCCUUUGUCGAAGUUUACAAUGAAGAUCUACAUGAUCUCUUGACUCCCAACGAGCAUGCCACAAAUGGUCGGCCAUCAAAGAAGUUGGAAAUUCGACACGACGAACUCCGGAAGCAGACUACCAUCCUGAACUGCAAAUCCGUUCGACUCAACUCUGCCGAUACAGUGGAGUUGAUGCUAGAAGAAGCACAGAAGAAUCGAUCUGUAGCAGCUACCAAGGCCAAUGAGCGGUCUUCUCGGUCUCACAGUGUUUUCAUCCUGAAGCUCAUUGGUGAGAAUUCGGCAACGGGCGAGCGGUGUGAGGGCACUUUGAACUUGGUCGACCUGGCGGGCUCAGAGCGCUUGAAGCAUUCGCAAGUCGAGGGCGACAGGAUGAAGGAGACACAAAACAUCAACAAGAGUUUGAGCUGUCUUGGGGACGUGAUAGAGGCACUUGGAAGGGGCUCAGGCCAUGUUCCUUAUCGAAACUCUAAGUUGACACACUUGCUGCAAUACAGCCUGGGUGGAAACAGCAAGACGCUCAUGUUUGUCAUGGUAUCACCUCUAGAGACCCAUCUGAAGGAAACGUUGACCAGCUUAAGAUUUGCUACAAAGGUACACAACACACACAUUGGCACCGCAAAAGCAACCAAAAAGAUGAAGGGAGAGGCAUGA